AUGACUAAUUAUCACAAGAAUGUGGGAAUUCAACCAUUGAAAACAUUUUUAGCUCGUGCAAUCUAUGAUAAUCUAUCAGAAAAUCCAACAGAAUUAAAUUUUUCACGUGGUGAUUUAAUCACAGUAUUGGAUAGAAAUCCAUCUGGUUUAAAUGGUUGGUGGGUAUGUAGUAUUCGUGGUCAAUUAGGAAUUGCACCGGGUAAUCGUCUUGAACUAUUAGGCCUUAUAAAUUUUAAAAUACAUUGUCUAUCUGAGUUUAACUAUUGCAAAUCAUUUAAUUUAUAA